AUGACAGGAAAAAGAGCCCAAAUCAGCCCGGCCGGUAGCCCAUCAUCUAGCAACAUCUCUGACGGAUCCUCUAAAGACCAAGAACGGCUUCUCCCGAUAGCCAAUGUCGGUCGUAUCAUGAAAAAAUCACUCCCGGCUAAUGCCAAAAUAUCUAAAGAAGCCAAAGAGACAGUGCAAGAGUGUGUGUCGGAGUUCAUCAGUUUCAUAACCGGAGAAGCCUCAGACAAAUGUCAGAGAGAGAAGCGAAAAACAAUCAACGGUGAUGAUCUGUUGUGGGCCAUGACAACGCUAGGGUUCGAAAACUACGUUGGUAGUUUGAAGAGUUAUCUCAACAAGUACACGAGAACAUUUGAGUCACCGACUGAUACUGAUAUUGGUACUGAUACUGAUAUUGGUACCGAUACCGGUCAUGAUCAGGUGUCGAAUUCAACGCCAACAAGACUGAUCUCUCAAGGCUUUGACGAUCCGCAUCAUGGACAAAUAGUCGGGUAUGGUGCCGAGUUGGUUAACAUGGUCAAGCUCCAUGAUGCCAAGAUGGUUGUGUCAGCCCAUGGUCAAGGAUUUGAGUGGUAG